AUCCAUGUCAGUAGUGGAGGAAGAGACGUGUAUAGAAUAGAAUAAUACGAUAGUGUAUCCAGUUCCCCAAUGGCGUAUGAGAAUUUGCGUGGACGUGGCAAUAGUUAGCAUUCCUUACGACAUUCUUUCCAAAUAUGCGUCACGUAGACUAUUUGCUCCACGCGCACAACUCGUCCUGUUUAUUCACAUGUGCAGCCAUUUUUAGAGAACGCGAACGUCAAUCACUCCAUUUCACAACCCAAAAGCAUCAGCAUGAGAAUAAACAUCAUAGAGUACACAAUAAUACUCAUGGGAUCACAGUAGCUAUAUAGACGAGCUGUACAAUGCUGUAUAAUUUAUACACACGAGCCAAAGGUGUAAUAUAUAGGGAACGAUGAUGUAAUAAUCAGAAGUAGGGGAGAAGAGAUGCACACAAGAUUUUUUUAAAGUUUGAAAAAGUUUUUGUUGCGUGCAGGAGCUGCGUAACUUCCGUGUUACGGUGACAGUGGAGCCGCGCUACCAUCCAAACAUCAUCGGAAAGAAAGGAGCAAAGAUCAACAAAAUCCGCGAGACGCACGACGUCAGGAUACAGCUUCCCGAGCGGGACGGUUCUGGGGCCGCGGACGAGAUAACCAUCAUUGGCUAUGAACACCAGGUGAAGGCUGCUGAGGCUGACAUUUUGAAGAUCGUCCAUGAACUGGAAGAGCAGAUUAUUGACGAGGUGGAAAUCGAUCGUCGUGUACACAGCAGACUGAUCGGAGGCCGUGGCAAGAACAUCAGCAAGGUUAUGGAGCGUUUUAACGUGGACAUCCGGUUCCCUAAGGACAAGGGCAGUAGCAUCGUGGUGAUUCAGGGUCUGGAGGAGAACGUAGAGGACGCGAAAGAACACCUCAUCACAUUGGCUGAAGAUUACAUGCAAGAUGUGAUGGAGCGCGACGAGGAAAAACAGCUGAUGAAACAGUACACGCGUCCCUCCGCCUCUUCUACUGGUUCCUCAAACUACACCACUGACACUGGAUUUGUGGUUCGUGACGCUCCCUGGUCCGGCCCCUCAGUUGAGGAAUUCCCCACCCUGGGGGCCAAAAAUCCCGGAGGAGGAAACCCCCCAGCGGCCCAGACGACAACUGCUCCCCCGGCUGCCUCCCCGCAGAAAUCCUGGGGGCCCUCCUCGCAAAAACCAAAGUGGGGACCCUCUGUCCUGGGGCCGAAAAUCCCCAAGUGAUAGCAGGGGGUUGAGCCUGUGUUUCUGAACUUGAAAAAGCUGCUAAGCCAUUGUACGAGUAUUAGCCUUUACAUGUAACCCUGGACCUGGAUAUUGGAUUUUGAUUUAAUGGACUUUGGAAUGGUUUAUAGUGUACGUGGAUUAUACAAUUCCCUCAUUAUCAAAUCUAUAGCCCCAGCGGUCGACGAGACGUUGAAAUCAGACGACGUCUCGGGAAUUUUGGACGAGCUUGUGGAGGCGCAGAACCACUCCAAAGUGCUCGGGCUCCAGCUACUGCCGCCACACGAGGUGGAGGCGAUUCACCGCCAAUACCAGGAUCCCAAAGAGAGUCUGCUGCACAUUCUUCUUGCCUUCACGAAUCAAAUCCAGCCCAGACCGA